CGGCGAGCUGCAUUGUCUUUUCCUCCCUAUCCUGCAGCAUGACUCAGGAGAGAUAUUUGAUAUCCAUGCUCUAAACAUAAUCCCUGUUGCUACCAACGGAGCUGCUAUCUGCAACCCCCUGUUUACUAUCCUGCGACGCGUUUCCAUUCCCGCGUCUGCCUAGAGGCAAUCGUCGAUUCCCUAACGAUGACAUGACAGCUUUUAUCCGCCUCAUCUAGGUCUGCCUCUCUUGCAGGGACCUAGCUGUGCUCCUCUUGAUUUAGCCCCUUUCAAACGAUAAUCCAAGAGUGUCUGAAGUUCCUGGAAAUGACCGGCCCGAUCCACACGUACGGCCCGACGUGCCUCCUCUCCGACGGUGAGCUAGAUCUUUCCGCCUUACAAUCCUCGCCCACGCCGCCCAGGCUUCGUGCACAAUUUUUCUAUGCUUCUUCAUUAUCAAUAGACGACCCAUUGAGUCCUAUUCCUCCUCCGAGCGGGUCAAGGUUCGAGAAUGAGAAGAUUCCCCCUCAACCCUUUUCGGCUAAAGAUAAUGCGGCCCUUGAGGAGGCUUGGCAAGCAAUACGGCAAGCUCGCCUGGCGAGCUUGUCUCGAAGACCUAGUACUCGUGGACUUAUUCCCGUGACCGAAGAUAGGCAUGGAAGCGGGCCUAUGGCGAUUCAGGAGAUCGAUCAGGGGAGGAUCCUUGGACACCGCAAGAGAGAAGGAUCACCUGUGGAUCUCAGUUCAGGGAGUACAAAACGAAUAGCAAGUCCACCUUCAGAGGCUGGAUGUACAGCCUUAGAAGCGGCAGAAAGCGUGAGUGUACGUGACAAUCGGUCUCGUGGCGUAAGCAUCAGUGGUUCUCCAUUUAUCAGGGCACCAGUAGAUCAGUUUCACAGCCCAUCGCGACUCUCGAUGGCAUCUGAUCUGUCAAUGGAUGUUGGUCAGGAGCUGCGGCCAGAGUCUCGAGAUGCUGGUGGUGGUCAUCCCGUUCCUAAAUGUUCGAGUUUGGGAGCCAACUUAGCCCAGCCCGAAGAGUCUACAGAUAGUUUACCUGUCAGCGUGGAAGAUAAUGAAGACCAGACUCUAAUUCCAGUGGGCGCGUCUCGUCUCCAUCUGGUUGAAUUGCCAAAGCUGAAGAUGAAGCCCAUUUACUGGAACCCUCUUCAAGAUGUAUGCAGUGUCCUUCGAGCUACAUGGUUUUACAAGAAUACCAUGCUGCCAGUAGAACCUGAACUUGCCAAUAAGCUUGAGGGGGGAUAUCUUUACUUUAAGCCGUGGACGGAAACCUGGCAAGACGAGUUGAACAGCUGUGUUGAAAAUGGUGCAGACGCUGAACUGAAGAUUGUACAUAGGCUUUGGCCGAAAGAAGAUCCAAAAUCCGUCAGCAGGCCUACGACGUCGCAAGAUCAGAAAGCUUCCCCUCGAUCUCAUAAACCCGUUUCCAAUAUUGGCACUGAUUCGCAGAUGCCUGAAGAGAACAAGGCAGCUGGUGGUUCAAUUGCGGCCGUGAAGCCCUUCUUAAACUCAAGUGCAAUAUAUGUCGAUGCACAAAAUGCUCAGAUUCUCCGACCUAGCCUUCUUCCUUCUGUAUCGAGGGGAAGAAGACCACUCAGUGCAAUACGCAAGGGGAGGCAAAUCGGUAUCCCUGUUGUUCGUGGUUUUAGUCGAAAACUGUGGGAUCGGCUCCAUCCAUCGAACCCCAGCCCCAUAGACGUGAGGCAUUAUCUGAGACGCACUCAAACCCGGGACAUUCCUGCAGCCGCCAGGGGAGAGAUAUGUUAUGCUUGUGCAAUCGAGGCGUCAAGACCAAAUCCCACUGACCUGGUGUUGGUCAUACAUGGUAUAGGACAAAAGUUAUCUGAGCGCAUGGAAAGCUUCCAUUUCACCCACGCAAUCAACGCUCUUCGCAGAACCGUCAAUAUGGAACUCAACAAUGAACCUGUUUGGACCCAUGUCCAUCAGGACCACGGAGGCAUUAUGGUUCUGCCGGUCAAUUGGAGGUCAACACUAUCCCUCGAGGACUCAACCCUAGAAUCUCCGUCGGACGAGGACCCUACCACCAACCAUUUCACUCUGAAGGAUAUCACUCCAGAGACAAUCCCUGCUGUGAGGACUUUAAUCAGCGACGUCAUGCUUGACAUACCCUAUUAUUUGUCGCACCACAAGCCCAAAAUGAUACGGGCGGUCACCAAGGAAGCAAAUCGCGUUUACCGGCUCUGGUGUCAAAACAAUCCGGGCUUCCAAGAGCACGGCAACGUACAUAUUAUUGCUCACUCUCUUGGGAGUGUGAUGGCAUUGGAUAUUCUGAGCAACCAGCCUACUAAGGUCCCCCGCUUCGAUUUCUCGAAUGUCGAGGUUCAUGGAGAUAUUUUCGAAUUUGACACUAAGAAUUUAUUUCUUUGCGGAAGCCCAGCAGGUUUCUUCCUACUUCUCAAUAAAGGUUUGGCUUCCCCUAACAUAGAUAUCUUUAGAAGUUGCUUGACUCUAAUGGUCGUGAUCGUACGAACAGCAAACCUAAUUCCGCGAAGGGGCAUAAACAAACCAGAUAGUGACAGUGAUGAGCGGCCUCGAGGACUUGCAGGCGAAGCAGGCACCUAUGGUUGCUUGGCCGUGCACAACCUGUACAACAUCAUGCAUACAACUGACCCAAUUGCAUACCGUGUGAAUGCUGCAGUGGACAGUGAUCUAGCCGAUUCUCUCAAAAUGGCUGCCAUUCCAAGUUCCUCCGCUUCCAUCUGGAGUUCCUUCGGCAAUGUCUUCCGCUGGAACAUCCCCUCUGCCUACGAACCAUCGUCCACCCACCGCAUAGCCGUUGCGAAACUCCCUUCCAACGUGGAGUUGGAGACUCACGACUUCACCCGUGAAGAGAUCGCAGAGAAGCGCAUGCUCCUUCUUAACGACAACGGCCAGGUCGAUUAUUUCCUAUCCGGUGGGAGUGGGCCCCUUAACAUUCAGUAUCUCAACAUGUUGAACGCUCAUAGCAGCUAUUGGAUCCUGCCUGAUUUUGUGAGGUUCUUUGUCAUAGAGAUUGCGAGGAAACAGGGGAAAGAUGGGACGCUGUUGGCUCUCCGUGCGGAGAAGAAGAAGGGAUGGAAGCGUUAGUGAGUUGAAGAUAUCUACGUAGAGUAUAUUACGGUGCAUAAUAGUAAUAGUAAAGAGAGCUUUCGGGG